UAAGACAUGAAUGUAUACUUCAAAUACAAAUUAUACAAUACCUUGCCGCCAUGCAAAUCCAUCUCGUUUUGGUUAAAAGAUUAUGUAUAGAUAGAAUAAGUAUAACCAAUAUUUAGAUGAUCUUGUACUUAUGUAUUGAUUGCGAUAGUUUCAACUUUCACAGAACCACUGAUUUUGGAAUAUUGCACGGUGAAGUUUGUUCUUUUAGGUGACAUGCAUAUAAUAUAUUGCUCUUAAAAUCUCAAACUUAUAGACCAGAGACUAUCGAGUAAAAUUUACAUUCAAUAAUAAAUACACAUGACUUGCCACAUCAAAAUAAGACAAAAGGAGUUUGUGUUGUCAAAAAAAUAAUACAAAAGAAGUUUUUUUUAAUUUGAAUAUGUAUAUUUAUAUUAAUAUACGAGGUAAGAAUAAGAUAAUCAUUCAUAAUUGCUUAUAAAGAUAAUGAAAACCAAUAGACUUUCGAAACAUCUGAAACCUGCUGGAUAUUGUGAUAAGCAUCAAACUGAGCUUGUAGAUAAGAAGUUAAUAGGAAAAAUGUGUAUGGUGUUGUAUGAUGGGCGUAUGAAUGCAUAUGCAUAAUAGUGUUGACGAAAACUUUGUUUAUAUUUCACACAAAAUUUUGUAUUUCUAUUAUAGAGUUAAAUUUUUUCCAAUAGUUCACUUUAUAAUCGAGUGAAAUAUAAAAUAAUGUUGUUUUUUUCAGUAUAUAUUUAAAGUGAAAAAUCAAACAUUACUCUAUAUUUCACUAUAUUAUAGAGUAACUUUAUUAUAUAAUGAAUUAUUGGAACAAAUUCAACUCUAUAAUAGAAUUAAUUUAUGUUGUAAGUGAUAUUUGGUGAUUUGAAAGAAUUUUAUAUUUUUUUAGGACAUUUCUAAUGGCGCACAAAAUUAGAAAUAUAGUUGAUUUAACUUCUUGUUAUUGAUCAUCAGGGCAAAUCUAGACUGUUUAUUUAAUGGGUGCACGCACCAUUGUUUAUAAACACCCAUUGUUUAUAAAAAAAGGCUUAUAUAAAGGUUCGAAACUAGGAAAAAAUUGGUGCACAAGCUUCUUUUUACCAUCUGAACUUACUAAAUUUUAGUGUUUGCUAUUCAUAAAAAAAAGUGUGGGUACACAUGUCCCCAUACCUUAGAGCAUGGCUUGGCCACUGGUGAUCAUAAUUGCCAAUAUAAGGAAAAAACCAUUGUUUCUGAAUAAUAAGAAAAUACGAAUAUGAACCAUAAAAGAAAAUAAAGUGAAUAUAAAAACGACUAAAGAAGUGCAAAAAAGCCAAGAAGGUGUUGCUAGUUGUUACUCUUUUCAUUACAGCUAAUACGAUUAGUUGGCAGAAAUGUGAAAGCUUUAAUUUUUCUCUAAGUUUCCUUCUCAUCGCCAACCAUAGUUUUGUAAUUAUUAUACACCUUUGUUACAAUAUUUUAAACUAUAGGAUCUUAAAAGAAAAAGAAAAAGCCAGUCAUAUUUGAAUCCAGACCAUAUAACCACUUUUUGUUCUACAGAGAGUAAUGCAGUUUACAAGAAGAAGAUUCCCACCACGAGAAGCUCUAGAGAUGCCGGCAGCAGAACUGAACCGAACCGGUCGGAGAAAUCACGGGUCGAGUCUAAGGACCAGGCUGGCUUGCACGUGUUCAGGUCGGCCUGGCUCGGCUCGGUGCGUUCGGCACGGUUAUAUUGUUCCCAGCAGAGAGAAGCUGAUAAGGAGAGCAAGUGACGGAAACAGAGAAAUAUUAAAGAGAGCCUUGAUGCCGUCUAGCCAUCAUCGGAUGAGUCACCGGCGGUGGAAUUUCCGGCCAACUCCAAGCCGACUCUGUAAUAUGUCUUCUACUUGAUCUAUCUUUAUUUUCUUUUCUUGAAAAAUCAUUCUCGGUUUUGCUCAAAAUUACCAUACAAAACCUUUUUUACUUCAUGUUAUCAAGUAUAAAUUUUUGGAUGGUUUGAUGUAUCGGGAAGACUUUUUUUAUUUCCAGAUCCAAUCAGAUAACAAUAUGAUCUGUUUAAUGAAGUUAUGUAUUUAAGUAUUUAAUAAAAAUGUUUAUGUUGUUCA